UACAGCUGGGAGGAAGUAAAAAGAUGGUAGAUUUGUUGAUCAACAGUGUAUCUAACAGCAUGCAAUUAAUGUUACGGUUGCACCUGUAUGUUGUGUGAAAAUAGUGUUUUUUUACUGAAAGAUGUUAUGCAGAAGAUUGUAUGUGUUAACUGAUGCAAGUUAUAGUGCUGUUAAAUUUCAUGCAUCAGUUCAUUUGAUGUAGAAUAUGGCUGCUCCUCCCAUUCCUCCAAAAGGCAAUUCCAAUUCAUGGAUGAGAGGUAAUGGGGUUACUGACCAGCAGAUCUGGAAGUCUGAAAGUGAAAAUUUAUUUACUACUAAUUCUCAGUCAGGAGCAUGCUUUAGUGACAAUUUCAUUUCAUUUUUUGAUUCUUCACUGCAAGCUCCCCCAUUGCCACCUCGCCAGGCUAAUGGAAAAUUGCAACCUUUGAUUCCCGAGAAUAAUGAACUGUCAUUGGUUCCUCCACCUCCAGGAACUGGCCAACUUUACAGAAGUAGUGCUGAUUUACAUACAUUUACUAGGAGUCAUUCCACUAUUGUGACUACCAAUACUCAGACCAUGGAACAUAAUAACCUUUUUAGAAAUGUUUCAUCGUCAGCUGGUGGCAGUGCAAGCACAUCCAUGCAUUGUAAUUUCAAUUCAAAUAUACCAUUUUGUAAUACUCCUGUACCAUCUGGUGGGGGUCAACAAGCUCUUGCUUUUUCAAAUUCUAUGUAUCAAAGUAAUUUCAGAACUGGUAUAUCUGCAGGAUUUGAUAUCCAGCACAGCAAAUCUACACCAAAUGUUUUAAGUUCUACUGCCAUGUUACCUAGUCAGCGAUAUUUUUUGCCAAAUGGAAAUAAUUUUUCUAAAACUUCUUAUGCAGUAAUCAACCAUAAUGCUACAGUUUCUAACAAUAGUCAUGCCAAUUUGGAAAGUAUUUUAAAAUAUAUGAAAAAAAGAAGUGAUAGUAAUUUGAUUGAUUUAUAUUGUGGUGAGAAUGAAACAAAGUUCAGCAAUAUGUCAGCAAAAUGUCAUGAAGAUAUAUUGAGGCUGUUUGAUCCUUUAACAAAAGAUAGCAAUCCAAUUUCACCAGAAUGCAAAAGUACUAAUGUUGUCAAAGAUGAAGUUGAUAACUUUAAUAUAUCUUAUUCUGAAAAGUCACCUCCAAAAUCUAAAAUUGAGCAGGAAUCACCCAUUGAGACAAUUCCAAAAGAAAUCUAUGAAGAAAGACAAGAUGUAGAGGAUCAAUGUAAUAGUCAGAUGGUGAAUGAUGUUUUAAAGAUUACCCACAGAAAUGAUAAUUACAGUAAAGAAUUUAUAUCUUUCUGCACAAAACUUAAAAAACUGCGACAGGAUUUUCCAUAUGAUGAUCAUGUUACAAAUGCUGGUCUGGUUAUCAGUCCUACUCUUGAUAGUUAUCAAGAAGAUUCUUUAAGUAUUAAAUUAAUAAUAACAUCUGCUAAUUCAGAAAGACCAGUGUCUUUUACCUGUGAUGUCAAUACUAGUAUAGAGCAUAUAAUUAGUCAUACAGUUUGUUCUGUCUUUGAUAAUACUAAUUCACUGUGUAUGGAUAAUUUUGUUCUGAAAGUUCAAGGUUUAUCAGAAUAUUUCACUUCACAUUCAACUCUAGCUGAUUAUGAAUAUGUUCAUCAAUGUCAUAAAUUUGAUAAGCCUGUAUGUUUGACUUUAACUGACAUCAAGGAUCUAAAAAGGCCACUAGCUCGUACCAGAAUUGAUGAUGUUAAUGAUUCUGAUUUCAAAUACGAAGACAUAGCUCCAUCCUUAAAGAAGGAUGUUAUUUCUUAUGAAUCUUUAAAUAUUUUGCUAGAUACAUUAGAAAAAGAAAUUGAAAAAAUAAAAUCAAGUGCCUUAAGAUUUGAAAGCUUAGAUUCGUUAAAACCUCAAGGAGUUGUUCAAGCUGUUAAAGCAAUUUGUACUUUGUUAUCUCAUGUAGAGACUUCAGAAAUUACAGAUACUAUAGCUGCUUUUAUUCAAGUAUGUUUGCUGUUUGAUAAAACUGAUGAUACUGAUUUUGAUACUUUGCCAGAGCUUGGUAACUUGGGAAGAACUAAGGAAACUAAGGAAUUCGAAGGUGAUUUCCUUGAUAUGUUUAGGCUUUUGGAGUUGAGUUUAUCACACUUAAAGCAUGCUGUGCAUGAUUUACUUGUAAUGUAUGCCAAAGCUUUCAGAGUAAAUUUUGCAGUUGAGAUGCAUGAUGUUACUUAUCCCGAGAAAAUGGUUACAGAUUUUCUUGAUACUCCUUUGUUUGAAGUUGGUAUUGUACAUAGGCUGGAACCUAAUAUAAUAUCUGCAUAUGAUAGUUAUUUCUUAAUAUGUGAAAUACACCAUGGUGAUGCAGUGCUAGCAUCUGUUACAUCUAAAGUGUCAUCUGUAACAAAAAAAUUUUUCCCCAGAAUUGUUUUUGAAAAUUGGUUACAAUUUGAAAAUAUAGCUAUGUGCACAUUACCUCGAGAAUCUAUAUUGUAUUUUACUUUGUGGGGUAAUAACCUAAAUCAGAAUGAAAAGCAAUCCAACAAUAAUUUGGGAAAUAAAAUUCCUAUUGGUUGGUGUGGAAUCAGAUUAUUUUCAUAUGAAGGACAUCUAGCACAAGGCUGUUACUUGCUAGGAUUUUGGCCUUGUGAAAUUAUUAAAAAUAGUGGACCUUUAUUAUCUAACCCUAACACAAACUGUCCACUUCUUCAUGUUCGCCUGCCAGAUUUUGGAUGUAUUGUUAAAUUUCCGCCUGUCAUUGAUAAUAAAUUUGCAUCAUCUCAGAUGAGGGCAUUUGAAAAUUUAGAAACUCAUCUUCAGAACACUUUAAAAGGAAUUAUUGAAAAAGAUGCUCUAAGGGCAUUGCAUACUGAUGAAAAAGAACUGCUGUGGGAAAAGAAAUAUUAUUUACAUCAGUUUCCAAAUGCAUUACCCAAAGUAUUAUUGUCUGCCCAUGGGUGGGACUGGGCAUGCCUGUCUGACAUUUAUUCUCUUUUAAAAGCAUGGACACCAUUAUCACCAGUUGAGUCACUUCAUCUUUUAAUGCCAUGUUUUCCUAAUGAAAAAAUUAGAGAAACUGCUAUUACGUGGAUGAAGGAUAUUGUUAGUGAUGAACUUUGUGAUUAUUUGCCCCAGAUGGUUCAAAUUUUGAGAUAUGAGCCCUGGGAUGAUUCACCUACUGCGUGGUUUCUCCUUGAAAGGUCAUUAACCAGUGUUAGAGUUGCUCAUCAUUUAUACUGGCUUUUAAAAGAAAAUCUUAUUGAUCCUAUUGCUGGAGACAGAAUGCGUCUUAUAUUAAAUAGCUUACUUACUAUAGUUGGACGUGCAAUGCGUGAUCGCAUAACUUCGCAAGAAGCUUUACUCGAGAAUCUGUCUGAUAUUGCUGAUAGAAUUAAAACAACAAAAGAAUCCUUGAGAUUAAAUAUUUUAUUCCAUGAGUUAGAAAUUACUCAUCACAACUUGAUGGAAAACCCUACAUGUCUGCCACUCAGUCCUAGUUUGGAAGUGUGUGGGAUAGAUGUGAAGUCUUGCUCAUAUUUUACAUCUAAUACAUUGCCAUUGAAACUUGUAUUUCAUACACCAGAUAUGACUGGAACAAACAAUGAAGCAAUAUUUAAGGUUGGAGAUGAUUUAAGGCAAGAUAUGAUUACUUUACAGAUGAUCCGUAUUAUGGAUAAAUUAUGGCUUAAAGAAGGAUUAGAUUUAAAAAUAGUAACAUUCACAUGUGUGGCAACAGAGUUUAGGAAAGGCAUGGUUGAAUUGGUUCCUGAUGCAGAGACUUUACGUAAGAUACAAACAGAAUUAGGACUAACUGGGUCUUUUAAAGAUCGUCCAAUAGCGGAAUGGUUGCAGAAGCAUAAUACAUCAGAAUUGGAAUACCAGCAAGCUGUUGAAAAUUUCACCCUUUCCUGUGCUGGGUACUGUGUUGCUACUUACAUAUUAGGCAUUUGUGAUAGACACAAUGAUAAUAUAAUGCUCAAAACUUCAGGACAUAUUUUUCAUAUUGAUUUUGGCAAAUUUUUAGGUGAUUCUCAGAUGUUUGGAAACAUUAAACGUGACCGUACUCCUUUUGUAUUAACAUCUGACAUGGCAUAUGUGAUCAAUGGUGGAGAGAAGCCAACUAAAAAAUUUCAGUAUUUUAUUGAUCUUUGUUGUCAGGCAUUCAAUAUUAUAAGAAAACAUAAAAAUAUAUUUUUUAAUCUGUUUACUCUUAUGAAAUCAUCAAACAUCCCAGGCAUGUCAUCUAAUGCUGUAAAUUACAUAGAAAAAGCUUUGCUGCCUAAUAUGUGUGAAGCAGAAGCAACUAUUCAUUUUACCCAUAUGAUACAAGAGAGUCUAAAAUCUUGGUUUACACAGUUUAACUUUUUUAUACACAAUUUAGCUCAACUGAGAUUUACAGGGGACCAUAAUGAAGGCCUACUUUUGUCUUUUAUACCGAAAACAUUUUCUAAAGAGACAGAUGGAAAAAUAAUUUCAGCUGAUGUAAUAGGAUAUCAAAAAAUGUAUGACCCAGAGAAGUAUUAUAUAUAUGUAGUAAAAGUAGAACGUGAAAAUUUGCCAGAUCCAAUGUGUGUCUUCCGUACAUAUAGGGAAUUCAUAGAAUUUCACCAAAAACUGUGCAUGAUGUUUCCUCUAGCAAAGUUCCAUACUCUUCCUGGCAAUCCUUUAAUGGGUAGAACUAAUGUUCGAGAAGUUGCAGAACGACGUAGAACAGAACUGAGUUCUUUCUUAUCAUCACUUAUGUUCAUGGCAAAAGAAAUAGCUCAUUGUGAUUUAGUGUAUACAUUUUUCCACCCUUUACUUCGUGAUCAAGAAGGAAUUGAGCAAGAGAAUGAAGCUAGAAAAUGUUCAUCUCGGUCCCGUAGAAGCAGUUCACUUACUGAAAUCAGUGGACAGAUAAAACUGUCCAUUGUCCACAAAAAUAACUCUUUAUUUAUUAUGGUAAUGCAUGCAAAAAAUCUCAGUUCACCAAAGGGAACUGCUCCUGACCCAUAUGUAAAAAUUUAUUUGCUUCCUGACUCUCUUAAGCGCACUAAAAGGAAGACAAAAAUUGUGUCUAAAAAUUGCCACCCUACAUUUAUGGAAAUGUUAGUUUAUAAUGAUCACGGAUUGGAAGAAAUGAGGUAUAGAAUACUUCAUGUUUCAGUAUGGGACUAUGACAGAGUGCAAGAAAAUGAGUUUCUGGGAGCAGCUGUCAUUCCUUUGAUGAACUUGGAUUUAAGUAAAGAAAUUACUCAGUGGUACCCACUUGGGCCAGAUUGGGCCUUAUAAUAAUAUAUGAAUAUGUUGUAACUUUAUAAAAAAUUGCAUUUUUAAUUCUUUUUUCUCCAAUGUCAAUUAUUAAUAGCAUUUUGCAUAAUUUAUAUUCGUUGCAUGCAUGAAUUUUACAUGCCUAUUAAAGAUUUCACUGUAUAUAAUGUAAUAUAUAUAUAUUAUUAUCAUGUAAAUUAAAUGUAUUUUUAAUGCACCUUUUUUAUGCUUUGAUAUUUAUUUCUGUAUUAAAUGAAAGUAUUUAAAA